AUGUCAAACUUACUUUAUCCUGCUUUAAAAGAUGUGGAGCAUACCAUUCCUAUCGAAAGAUUAAAUGUAUUGAGAAAUCAGGUGGAAUCAGAGAAACCUAAUCCUUCAUCUCAAUCAUUAUUCAAUUAUGCUUGGGGUCUUAUUAAGUGUAAGGGUCAUAGGUAUCAACAAGAAGGAGUUGAUAUACUAAAACAAUUAUAUAAAGAUGCUCCUGAAAUUAGGAAAGAUUGCUUAUAUUACUUAUCUAUGGGAUCAUUAAAGUUAGGUGAUUAUGCUAGUGCUAGACAAUUUAUCGAAGAAUUAUUAAAGAUUGAACCAGAGAAUAGUCAAGGUAUUGCUAUGAAAAGUGUCAUUGAAGAUAGAAUUACUAGAGAAGGGUUGAUUUCUCUCGGAAUUGCUGGAGGUGUUUUAGCUGUAGGUGUUGGGUUGAUAGGUGCGUUAUUAAGGAGAAAGCGUUAG